AUGGCGGAAUUCCUCGAUUUAGAAGCACAGGAUGGCGUUCGAAUGCCCUGGAAUGUGAUCCCAGGCACUAAGCAAGAAGCCAUCAACUGCGUUGUCCCUGUCUCCGCCAUCUACACUCCGAUCAAGCAUUUCCCCAAUAUGCCCGUACUCCCUUACUCUCCCUUGCGUUGCCGAACCUGCCGCGCCAUCCUCAAUCCCUUUUGCAUCGUCGAUUUCGCUGCCAAGAUCUGGAUUUGCCCGUUUUGCUUUCAGCGCAAUCACUUUCCUCCUCACUAUGCUUCUAUCUCUGAUGAAAACCUUCCCGCUGAACUCUUCCCUCAGUAUACUACGAUCGAGUAUGAGACUCCCGGGGAAGUGGCUUCUAUUCCACCCGUUUUCAUGUUUGUUGUUGAUACAUGCAUAAUUGAGGAGGAAAUGGCAUUUUUGAAGUCGGCUUUGUCACAGGCGAUUGAGCUGUUACCUGAUAAUUCGCUUGUUGGUUUGAUCACUUUUGGGACUUUUGUUCAUGUUCAUGAGUUGGGUUUCGGUCAAGUUCCCAAGACAUAUGUUUUUAGAGGUUCUAAGGACGUGACUAAAGACCAGCUUCUUGAGCAGAUGAGUUUCUUUGCUAGGAAGCCGAAACCAAGCGCUGGGGUUAUUGCUGGUGCUAGGGAUGGGCUGUCUUCUGAAAGCAUUGCCCGAUUCUUGUUGCCUGCAUCUGAAUGUGAAUUCACUUUCAAUUCGGUUUUGGAGGAGUUGCAGAAAGAUCCUUGGGCAGUACCUGCUGAUCAGCGUCCAACCAGGUGCACAAGCACAGCACUCAGCAUCGCAGCCAGUUUGUUGGGGGCAUGUGUACCUGGUUCAGGGGCCAGAAUUAUGGCUUUUGUUGGUGGGCCAGCAACUGAAGGACCUGCUUCUAUUGUGUCAAAAAGUUUAUCUGAACCUCUUCGCUCCCACAAGGACCUGGAUAAAGAUUCUGUGCCACAUUACCAUAAAUGUGUAAAAUUCUACGAGGGGCUUUCAAAACAGCUUGUACAUCAAGGUCAUGUACUAGAUCUCUUUGCUUGUGCUCUUGAUCAGGUGGGCAUUGCUGAACUCAAAAUAGCAGUUGAAAGGACUGGAGGUCUUGUUGUCCUAGCUGAAAGUUUUGGCCAUUUGGUGUUCAAGGACUCACUUAAACAUGUUUUUCAAUCUGGUGACUUUGAUUUAGGGCUAUCAUCAAAUGGAAUAUUUGAGCUAAACUGCUCUAAGGAUAUUAAAGUUGAAGGUCUUAUCGGUCCUUGUGCAUCUCUUGAAAAGAAAAGUCCAUUGUGCUCAGAUGUUGUUGUUGGUCAGGGUGGUACUAAUGCAUGGAAGAUGUGUGGCCUUGAUAAAUCAACAUCGUUGUGUCUGUUUUUCAACAUUGUGAGGAAGGAAAGUCUUGAUGCUACAGUUCAGUCUACAAGCAAUCAAUUUUACUUCCAAUUCAUGACCUAUUAUCAGAAUACCACUGGGCAAAUGAGAUUUCGAGUUACAACCCUUUCCAGGAGAUGGGUUGCUGGUGCAGGAAGCAUACAGGAAUUGAUUGCUGGGUUCGACCAAGAAGCAGCUGUAAUUGUUAUGGCACGCCAAGUCUCUUUCAAAAUGGAAACAGAGGCUGAAUUUGAUCCUAUCAGAUGGCUGGAUAAAGCAUUGAUAAAUUUAUGUUCCCGGUUUGGUGAUUACCAGAAAGACUCUUUAUCAUCUUUCAGUUUGUCUCCCAGGUUGGCAAUAUUCCCCCAGUUUUUGUUUCACUUGCGGCGCUCUCAGUUUGUUCAGGUUUUCAACAAUAGCCCUGAUGAAACUGCAUAUUUCCGAAUGAUACUGAAUCGUGAGAAUGUUGCCAAUUCUAUUGUGAUGGUUCAGCCUUCUUUGAUUUCAUAUUCAUUCCAAUCAGGUCCAGAACCUGCUCUUCUUGAUGUUGCCGCCAUUGCAGCAGACAGGAUCCUGCUUUUGGAUUCUUUCUUUACUGUUGUUAUUUUCCAUGGUUCAACCAUUGCUCAAUGGCGAAAAGGUGGAUAUCAUCAUCAACCUGAACAUCAGGCAUUUGCUCAGUUACUUCAAACACCUCAUGACGAUGCAGAUUUGAUAAUAAAGGAAAGAUUUCCUGUACCUCGCCUGGUUGUUUGUGAUCAGUAUGGCUCUCAGGCUCGGUUUCUCCUGGCAAAGUUAAAUCCUUCUGCUACUUACAAUUCUGAUGCUGCUGUUCCUGGAGGGGAUGUUAUUUUCACGGAUGAUGUUAGCUUUGAGGUGUUCUUGGAUCAUCUCAAAAGAUUAGUAGUUCAAUAAUUAUCUAUAGAUAUAAAGGGAGUUUUCUCAAUUUUGUAAAAUUUCUUUUGGACUUCUUGUACAUUGACUUGAUUUCUCCCCAAUUUUAGUGCUGACUCUUGUAGUUAAUUAUUUGAAACUAUAUGCACUACAUAGUUGAUGAAUUAUUACGCGAGGCGAUACAUAAAGAUUUAGAAUUGUAGUCCAUUGGUCUCUAUAGAAAUAAUUUUAUGACAUGGUACUUUUAAUUUC